AUGCGUCAGGAGCGUCUCAACGACGCCGCGAUUGCCCUCCACACUGCCCUGGCCGGUGCGGGCGUCAAAUACGGCACUUUCGGCGGCUACGCCUGCACCCUGCUCGGCAGCCGACGCGAGACGAGCGACAUCGACUGCCUCGUGUCCGCGACCAAGCCCGACAUCCUUGUUCUGCUGGACGACGUCAGCAACUUCACCGUGAUCCCACGCAACCGCGAGGACUACGUAGCUGUGAUCUGGAGUGACAGCGCCAACCAGACGGAGCCGGUCCUGGUCGAAAUCUUCUGUGAACGCUUCCGAGGCUCCCACUACACCAUGUGCCACUGCUACCCGCGCCUCACCCUGGUGCGCGGCGAAAGCAUGGGCGUGGGCCUCGUGCAGCACCUGCCCGCCUUCACCAUCUUCAAGGGCAAGCUCCGCGCGGCCGCCACCCGCAGCGAGCCCCACGACGUCUUCGACCUGUGGUGGCUGGCCGGCCGCUUCCAGACGGUCUACACCUACGCGCGCCACCUCAACCUUGACUACGUCGGCUUCGCCAUCAAGCGCUACCCCGGUCUGGAGCUGCUGUUCUUCCUGCUGGGGCUGGACGUCGUCGGCGCCAUGGCUGGCGUCCAGGACAUCGAGCUCAACCAGCUUCCGCUGUCCGGACCGGGCGAUAUUCAGCGUGGAUUGUUGCUCUAG